GCUUUAUGGAACUUCACACGCGCCUCGCUUAAAUGAUUCACACUCUUGUAUAAAAGCGGUGUCGUUACUGAAAAAAUUACAGUGUCUUGUGUCCAUGCUUGUUGUGUUAAGUUACAAGUGGACGGACUUGCGAAACAAAGAGAGGCACUUGAAUAAUUUAUCACCAUGGAAAUCCUAACUAACGCAUUGUCUCAAAAUGGUAUUAUUUAUUUCGGACUGCCGGUAGUAUGCUUACUAAUCUAUCUAUACUGCUGCUACAAACUGAAUUACUGGAAAAGACGAGGCGUUCCACAAUUAAAAGAUCAAAAUUUGUUAUUCGGAGAUUUCAAAGAUGGAAUAUUGUUCCGCACUGCACCUGGAUACCAUUUGGGAGAAAUAUAUCGUAGGGCACCAGCGAAUGCGCCGUAUGUUGGCUUUUACAUCUUCCAUAAGCCUUGUCUGCUAUUAAAAGACCCGGAACUGAUCAAACAGAUAUUGACACGUGAUUUUGAUAACUUCUCCAACCGCCAUUUCGCUGGACCUCAACAGAAAGACAGUAUUGGAAUGCAAAACUUGUUUGGACUUAAAAACCCAGCAUGGAGAUAUUUGAGGAAGAAGAUCAGCCCAACCCUCAGCACUCGCGCUAAGCUAAGGCAAAUGCUUCCUCUGAUGAUGGAAACUGGCGAACCUAUGAUGGGUUAUCUGAAGGAAAAGGUUGCAACCAAUAAUGAGUCUAAAGUUAUUGAUGCUCAAGACGUGAAUUACAAGUACACUGCUGAUCUGAUUGCCAAUGUCGCGCUUGGAACUAAGACCGAUUCCUUUACCUAUCCUGAUUCUGACUACAGCAAAUGUCUGAUGAACUUCUUCCAUUCCUUCAAACGGAUGGUGGCGCUGGUCACGGUCUUCUUUAUGCCUGAGUUGGUGGACAUGAUCGGCUCCCCCAUACUCUUCGACUCAUCGUUCGUGCGCGAAAUAUUCUGGAAAGCCGUUGAAUCCCGUGAAAAGGACGGGAAGAAGAGGGGAGAUUACAUUGAUUCGAUUAUUUCAUUGAAGAAUGGAGAACAGGAUUCUCUUUACAGAUUCGAGGGUGACAAUCUUUUCUACCAAUCUGGAACAUUCUUCUCCGGGUUCGAAUCAAGUUCUACUGUAUCCGCUUUUACUCUUAUGGAAUUGGCGAAGAAUAAGGCAUAUCAGGACCGCGCCAGAGCAGACAUCAAAAGGGCUAUCGACAAAUAUGGAUGGACCCUCGAGGCCUUCAACGACAUGAAGUACUUGGACCAGUGCAUCGCCGAGGGAGUCAGGCUUCAUCCACCAGUCUCUACCAUCGACCGAUACACACACAGAGAUUACAAAAUUCCUAACACGGAUGUCGUUAUUGAGAAGGGAACCCCUAUUUACAUUUCUCUGUACGGCUUGCACGGAGACCACGAUCACUUCGACCAGCCCGAGGUGUACGAUCCUGAACGGUUCACAGACGACAGAGUUGUAUCGGAGGCGUACGUACCGUUCGGUCUUGGACCAAGGAAAUGUGUUGGUAUGAGAGUUGGCCAGUUGCACGUCAAAGUUGUAAUUUCGAUGAUCUUGAGCGAAUAUGAAGUGUAUCAGAAACAGGCCGAAGUUGCCAAACUGGAUACUCGGUCUACCUUCACCGCCGCCGCCGAUGGAAUCCACAUGAAAUUUAUGAAGUUAGAGAAGUAAUAUAAUAUUUUAUUGGUAUGUGAGAAUCAUAAGUUGAUAUAUCUAACAUAGCUGUUAUAUAUUUCGCCAAUAUAGAAGACAGAUUAUUGUUAUGAAACUGAGUAGUUUAAUUACUUAAAAGAGGUAAAUAUGAAUAAAUGUUUCCCUGUUAAAUAUAAAGCAAAAAUCAUUUAAGUUGUAAGAUACAAAUCGUUUAUCGGUUAAUAGUGAUUUCAGAAAAAAAUAUACAAAAUACAUAUAGAUGGAUAUCUAUUUUGAUUAGUGUGAAAACUAGAUACAAAUGUUUAAAGAUUGUAUGUAAGGACGAUUUUCGAUUUGUUAUUUAUUGUGACGACAAUAUUUGCGAAACAGAUCUAUUUUGGUAACAUAUUACAGUUUUUAAUGAAACAAAAUAUUACAUUAUAAUUACAAGUUUUUAAUGUUAAUUACAUUUCGAAAUAUUACUAUUUUUAGGAUUUGAUUGCAGUUUUUUAUAUUAUUUUCUCCCGAGGGGACAAGUAAUGACAUAAAAAAUAGCGAUUUUCUAUGUCCAAAAUUCGCGUAAACAUAAGAAAUCAUUAAUUACUUACAAAAACUAGAUUAUUUUUUUAAAGUUUAUUUCAAUUAUGUAUGUGGAGAUAGUUGAAUGAAUAACUUUUGGGAGCACCGCAGUUUCCAUUUCCAAAUAGAUCUGAUUUAUAGCAAAUAGUUACAAAGCGCAAAUUGUAAGCGAUCGUAAAGUUGUAAAUGCGGAAAUAAGGUAAACAAGAUAAGGGUUACGAUUCGCGACUAUCUAAUAAAAGGUAUAACCCAGCCAUAAAAAUAUUGAUAUGCAAUCGGAUCGCUAAAUGUAUACAAUUACAUAAAUUAAUAAUGGGACUUCAUAAAAAAGAUAAACAUGGGUUUUCCGUCUGUAACAGCAACGUGAUAAUCCUAUUUGCGCCACACUUCAAAUGCUAUGGAACUAAAAUAUAUUUGUAUAUUAUGUUUGAUAUACCUAAUAAUGGAAUUUGAUUAUUUACUUACAUUAAGAGUUUUUGUAUUGUGUUAAUUGAUUCGUCAUAUUUGUUAUUAAUAGAAAUACCUAUUAGAAUAUUGUACUAAGAUUAUUUCGAAUAUAUGGUUUGUACAAAUGUGUUAGGGCGUAGGCCUGUUAAUAAUUGAAUGUCAUGGUAGGUAAUUAAUGUACAAAAUAAUUAUAACAUGUACCUAGUUCACAAGAAUCAGAAAGAGGUAAAAGGUAUUUCUGAAUGCGUCGACGAACUUUAUCAUUCUAUGUAGUUGAAUGGUAUUUCGGUGAAUUCUUUUUGACCAAUGUCACAAUGGACAUUCCAUUGAAUACAUUUUUGCUAACGUCAGUUGUUACAGCGAUUAGUUAUAAUGUUGCUAUACUUUUGUAUAAUCUGAGUUAGGAUACUCCGGUCUAAUGACCUUUGUUGUUUAAUUUAAAUAUUAUGUUAUUUUGUACACUUGUUUAUAGGAGUACGUUUGAGCUUUAAUAAAAGAAUAUUGUGUGAAAA